GCGCCGCCGUUGCUCGCAGUUUCAAAAUGCGGUGGAGGCCCUAGGAUCCGCUGCCGCCGCCCCUCCCCAGCCCGGAGGGGAAGCCACCCGUGGAGCGACCGUGAGUUUGCUGACUGCAGAAUCUUCACUGCCAAAAUGACUUCACAUUCCACCUCUGCCCAGUGCUCGACAUCUGACAGUGCUUGCAGAAUCUCUUCAGAAAGAGUGAGUCAGCAGGUACGACCAAAACUGCCACUUCUGAAGAUUUUGCAGGCAGCGGGUGCUCAAGGUGAAGUAUUCACCAUGAAAGAGGUAAUGCACUAUCUAGGCCAGUAUAUAAUGGUGAAGCAGCUCUAUGAUCAACAGGAACAACAUCUGGUGUAUUGUGGUGGAGAUCUUUUGGGAGAUCUGCUUGGAUGUCAGAGCUUUUCUGUGAAAGAUCCAAGCCCUCUCUAUGAUAUGUUGAGAAAGAAUCUUGUCACGUCAGCCUCUGUUAAUACAGAUGCCGCUCAGACUCUCGCUCUCGCACAGGAUCACAGUAUGGAUAUUCCAAGUCAAGACCAACUGAAGCACAAUGCAUCAGAAUGUUCCAGUUCCAGAAAAAGAAAUGAAGAAGAUGAUACGUGUACACUGCCUACCUCACAACGUAAACGCCGAGAUUCUAGAGGAGAUGAAGACUUAGUAGAACAUUUAACUCAAGAUGAGACAUCUAGGCUGGACCUUGACUUUGAGGAGUGGGAUGUUGCUGGCCUGCCAUGGUGGUUUGUAGGGAACUUGAGAAACAACUACAUACCUAGAAGUAAUGGCUCGACUGACCUACAGACCAACCAGGAUGUAGGUACUGCCAUUGUUUCAGACACUACGGACGAUUUGUGGUUUUUAAAUGAGUCAGUGUCAGAGCAAUUAGGUGUUGGAAUAAAAGUUGAAGCUGCUAAUUCUGAGCAAGCAAGUGAAGUAGGGAAAGCAAGUGACAAAAAGAUGAUUGGAGUGGGAAAAGAUGAUGAUCUUGAGGACCCCAAGUCCUUGAGUGAGGAUACUGAUGUGGAACUAACCUCUGAGGAUGAGUGGCAGUGUACGGAGUGCAAGAAGUUUAAUUCUCCAAGCAAGAGGUACUGUUUUCGUUGCUGGGCCUUGAGGAAGGAUUGGUAUUCGGAUUGCUCUAAAUUAACUCAUUCUCUCUCCACAUCUAAUAUUACUGCCAUACCUGAAAAGAAAGAGAAUGAAGGAAUUGAUGUCCCCGAUUGUCGGAGAACCAUUUCAGCUCCAGUUGUUAGGCCUAAAGAUGUAUAUUUAAAGGAAGAAAAUACGAAGUUUGACCCUUGUAACUCAGUGGAAUUUUUGGAUUUGGCUCAUAGUUCCGAAAGCCAAGAGACCAUCUCAAGCAUGAGAGAACAAGCAGAUAUCCUUUCUGAGCAGAAAACGGAUACAGAGACUAUGGAAGAUUAUCAAAACAUCUUGAAGCCGUGUAGCUUAUGUGAAAAAAGGCCUCGGGAUGGGAACAUUAUUCAUGGGAGGACAGGCCAUCUGACAACUUGUUUCCCUUGUGCCAGAAGACUAAAGAAGGCUGGGGCUUUAUGUCCUGCUUGUAAGAAAGAGAUUCAAUUGGUUAUUAAAGUUUUUAUAGCAUAGCUGAGUCAGUUGCAGAGAAAUACUAGGACCAGGUCAUUGCUCAAAAAUCAGUAUUCUUUAGAGGUAGGAGCAGAAGAUCGCCAAUUUUGAUGCCAGUCUGAGCCAUAUAGGGAGACCUUGUUUUUCAAAGCAUCAGUAUUGAGCAUUUUUUAUGAGUGUGACCCAUUGCAUGUGUUUGUUUAUGUAAGCAUAUAUGGAAUUUCAGAAGAUCAGUUUGAGGGUUUCAUUAACAUGACAAGAUAGGUAAAUCACUUUGUUCUCCUAAAUCUCAAAUCUGAGAGGGAAUAGUAUCAAAUAGAAACAUAACAAUGCUUUUUUUUUUUUUAAUUCACUUGGCAAAUUAUUGCAAGAGGAUAACAUUAGUUGACUUGUUUCUCUACCCUGCUGUUAUGUAAUGUUCUUGGGGCAUCAGAAUCUAAGGUAAUUGUUAGAAAAAUACUAGGGCCAACACUGAAGAAACAAAUUGAUUACUCAUUGUAUAGCCAAGGACGACCUUCAGCUCCUGAUUCCCCUGUCGUUUCUAUCUACAUGGCUAUGCUUACAGGCUGUCCUACUAUGCCCAGUUGAAAUCUCUCAGCUUUAGAUCAAAUAAAUAACAGGAGUGUACAUCUCUGCACAGCCUUCUCAAAGAGAAGGUACAGACUUAGUAAUCAACACUUUGUGUUUGUCUCCUGGAAGCUGGCUAGAUGUUUUUGUACUCAGCCUCUAGAGUUGUUCACACUCUGAGACAAUGGCCUAUGGUAGGAUUUGAACAAGUGGAGAGAAGAGGGGAUGUAGCAUCUGUAAAAAGGGAGGGAAACAAAUUGAUCUUUAAUUCUGCUUAGUCAUUUUAGACCACAUCAAUUUAGUAUAAUACCAGUAUACAAACUGAAGUUCUUCAAACUGAAGCCCUUAUACUUAUCUAUGUCUACUGAACCUGUCUUGGUGUUUCCCCAGCAAUAUGAGUAAAUCAUUUUAAAGACCAAGUCUCUAGAACUAUUGAACUUGGGGGGCAUCUAGCUGUCUCAGCCUUUCCUAUGACUCCUGCUCUUAGAAAUGAGGAGAUACAUGGUAUUUAAUCCCAUGAUGGCCCUGCUGGACUAGGACCAUUGGGGCUUCUGUAAUUACUACUAAAGGGAGAUGUGUUAGCAUUUGUACAUUCUUGCAUUGACCCUGCCCCCCUGCUCUACCAGUAGACCCUAUCCCACCAAAUGCCCAUUGGAUUAGUUGUUGUAGUUAUUCUUCAAUUGCUGUGACAAAAACCAUGACCAAAGCAAAAUAUGAAAGCAUUUAAUUGGGCUUGCCUUUGAGAGGGUUAGAUUCCGUGCUGGCAGAGCAGCUGAGCUCACAUUUUGAUCUGCAAGUAGGAGGCAGAGAAAGAACCCAGAAACCCCAAAACUUGCCCCACGGUGCCAUACUUCCUCCAACAAGGCUACACCUUGUAAUUCUUCCCAAACAGUUCC